AUGUCGUUGACGAUUCCCAAGGCGCCCAAUGCUGGCCUGUUUAAGCAGGGCUAUCAGAGCCACGACUCCGAAGAUGGCGCCGUUAUUCGAAAUAUCGAGGCAUGCAGAGCUAUUUCCCAGACUGUCCAGACAUCUCUCGGGCCUCAUGGCCGGAAUAAGAUUGUUAUCAACCACUUGCAGAAGAUGAUUCUUACAUCUGAUGCUGCCACAAUCCUGCGAGAGCUGGAUGUCGUCCACCCUGCUGCUAAACUCCUGGUUAUGGCCAGUCAGCAGCAAGAAGCGGAGAUGGGAGAUGCUACAAAUAUGGUUAUUAUCCUCGCUGGCGAGCUUCUACGAAAGGCGGAGGAUCUCCUACGGAUGGGGUUGAAGACGAGUGAUAUCGUUCAGGGGUACGAGGUUGCACAGGGUUUUGCUCUCAGUACUUUAGAAGAACUCGAAGUGGAUAGAUUAAAGGAAAUGCGCUCUGCCCCUGAGCUCGGGAAGGCCCUAAAGACGGUUAUUGGAAGCAAACAGUCUGGGUCUGAGGAAAUCCUUGCCCCCCUGGUGGCCGAGGCCGUUUUGGGUGUUCUCCCAAAGAAUCCCGCUAACUUUAAUGUCGACAAUGUCCGUGUGGUCAAAAUUAUGGGAGGAAGUUUGGAACAAUCGCGUGUUGUUAAGGGUAUGGUCUUCGCCCGUGAACCAGAAAGGUUCCAUUAA